GGCCGCCUGGGCCGCGCUCGGCCCCAUCUUGCUGCUGCUGCUCCGGCCGCUCCUCUAGCCGCGCCUCGCCGGCACCUGCGGCCGGGACCAGAGCGAGCGGAGCCGAGGCGCUCCGGAACUCAGCAGGGCGACUCGGCCUGGCCGGGGUCUUCGCCGCCUGGGCCUUUCCCGUCUCCUCGCCACGCUGAGCCCUGGGACCUGCUCCCGCCCCGCUCCCAGCUCCAGAAACCGCACAGGGCUCUGGGCUGCGGAAGCUAAGCCUGGAGUUCCGGACAGCCUGCAGGAAACGGCGCGGGACGGGACCGAGUCGGAAAAGUGCUGGCCACCGGUCUUCACAGUCCGCAGGGACUGAGCUUGAAGCUGGACUGGAGGGUGAAGGAGGAAUUAGACACAAAGGGUCUGUUUAUUAGCAUUUUUCUGGUGAGGGAGGAAAAUAGUGCUUGUGGCCAGUGAGGACCGAGCAAUCGUGAGUAAAGAGAAAAGUCCCAUUUACCGUUUACUCUUGGUAUCAGCACCCAGAGUGCUCGGUGACCAGUGGCGGGAGGCGGCGAUUGCCUCUGGAGAGACUCCUAAAUUAGUUUCUGAUAACUUUGAGCCCUUGACCUUAAAUUUCAUUGCUACUAUUCUGAUCUCUUAGCACAUUUCUUAGGGUUAAGAGUCCAAAAAUGCUGAUCUGAAGAGUUACUAUGGCAUUGAACAAUGCCGCUUUUUAUUUAAAAAGCUCUGCACUGCCAUCUGUGAAAGGCUCUUUAUGAUGUUUGUGUUGCUGUCAGUUUUGUUCUUUACAUCAAAAAAUUGUAUGUUCAGAUAUGCAGAGAACGUGUAUGCCUCUGCCCCUAUCAGGGUGCCCAACCCUGGUACUUCGUAUAUAAAGUGUAUUAAGACUGGAGUUUGUUACCAGUUGCUGUACUUUGUAUAUAUAAUUUUUAUAAAUUGUAUGCUUCAGAAAUAAUUUAUUUUUAAGAAGAAAUUAAAAGUUUUAAAUCCACAUCCAUGUUAAAUCUUUUACCCCCAGAAAUGUAUCGAAUCCACUUGUCACUAGGGAUCCAAAUCCAGAGUCCAUUUGGAAGUGUGCUCUAUUAAGAGCAGCCUUAAAAUGUACAGUGUGUUUUAUAGAUUUGAAGUAACAUUCUUAUUUUCAAAAGAAUUUAUGGACAUUGUAGAAUUGUAUAAAUGCAUUUUCAAACUGCCUUAAACAUUGUAUUUUUAUAGACCUCAUUUUUUUAAAGUCUUAUGAUUUAAAUAACUAUGGCUUUGCGUAUUUUUUGGUUUAUUAAAAUGUGUACAUCAGUAAAGAGAUUAUAAACAAUGAA